AUGCGUGAGAAAGAGAAACCAUUAGAGAACACAGUCCAAGAGCAGGAAGCCAGUGAAAAGAACAGCCAACUAGAGGAGGAAUGGACUACACUGGAAAAACCGGAAACACACCAUCAGGAGACAAUGCUGCCAAAAGAACAACAGCAGCAGACAAAUGACCCAGGACAAUUUCAAGAGCAAGCAAGGGAAACAUCACACAUGAAGGAUGAAGGUAAAUCAAAGGCAGUGAAACCAACUCUGGUGAAAAGGGAUUCAUGGCUGUCUAGUACAAACUCACAUGGCUAUCUCAAGAAACAAUUUACGUCUCUGAGGGAAGCUGAUACAGUGGACAAGAGUGACAUUGUUUUGGUUUUCUGUCCUAUCAUCUCUCGAGCUGUAAUUGAUAUUGAAGCAGCACUGAAGAAAUUCAAUGUACCCACAGUGUCUAAGCCAGCUGCUCUAGUGGUGCUACAUCACACAUUUGACCCAGAGAAAACUGUACGAGAAAGCAGCAGAUUUGUCAACAGGGAGGACAUACUGACAGUGGACUGUCUGUUCUAUGAGGAUACAGGAUUACUGCAGUGUCUGAAGAAUUCUGAAGCAAUAAACAAAGUUGUGAACUGGUUAAAACAGCAGAGGAAGAAAAUAGGUGUCAAAGUAUGUCCACCUCAGAACAUAAGGCAAAAGCCAACAAGGAAUAUAUCAGAAAUGCCUGAUAAGGGGGAGAAAACGGGUGUCAAAGUACAAGCAAGUCAAAACAAACUUGCAAGUCCACCCUCCCUCCACAAAUGGCCAAUUUGGACAUUGAUGAGCAUCAGAUGGCAUACAUUUCUUCUUCAUCCAGUCCAGUGAAUUAUUAUAUCAUGGUAACUGAAGGCACUCAUAUGUCUCAUGAGCACUUUAUGAAAGCUUUAUCUCAGCUUAAACAGACUCCACGUCUGAAGAAAGUUUCUGCUGAAGAGGAGAGUGAUGUCAUUCCGUUAUUCUGUCCUGUUGAGUCACAAACUGACAUAAAUGCAGUUUUGAAAGACUUGUGCAAGACAACAGACAAGCCUGUGGUUCUUAUUUUGCUCCAUGACACACAUUUUGUCCCAGUAUUCAGUGGACUUGAGAACAAGCCAAAUCUGAUUGCCAUGGACUGUGUUUUCUAUAAGGGUGUAGGACUCUCUGUGACCUGCCAAAAGACCAAAAAAGCAGUUUCUGCAGUCUCAGACUGGCUAAGCUCUAAGAUGACUUGAUUUUUUUUAGUUAAUUGUUAUUGGAUACUUUAUAUAAGAAGAGGAUGUCAGAAUAACAAUACUGUGCUUUUGUAAAGUUUAAAGAUCAUUAAGGAUGGGGAGCAGAAUGACACUGAGAGUGGAAACACACUGCCAUUCAGAAAGAUCCUGUGACUCUGACAUAGAAGGAUUCAUACAUGGACUCUUUCUACAGUUGAGAUGAUGCAGUAAAUUAGUCAACCUAUAUUAAUUUUUUUUUCUUUUGUUAAAUUGUAAAAGCGUUUCAGCAAGUGAGCAGGUGUCUGAUUACACAUUUUGAAACAUGUAGAGUUGCAUGAGCUCUAGAUACCAUUGCAUGAAAGUGAAUUAUUAGUUUUAAUCGAUGCCGUGACAAAGAGCAUACAACUAUCAUUAAGUCUUCAGACUUGCGACUCUCACUAUCCUAGUUAGCUGUAGUUAGUUAAUCAGCUUUCAAACUAAUGUUCAGCUCUUUUGUUAUGUUGUAGUAUCAUACAAAAGGCAAAUAUAAUGAAUUUGUUCUAUUCAAGUAAAAUUUUAAGAAAUGAUUAUUAGUUUUUUGACAUAAAUAUACAGUAUGUAUAAUAAUGUAGGAUCAAAAAUAUGAAGAAAAAAAACUAUUCUGAUUGAACUAUUCUGGUGAUGGCAUUUAAUCGGGGCAUAGAUACCGUAGAUAAUCAAAACAAGCAAGUACAACUCACCCAAUAUUUAUACCAUGAUCAAUGGAAACAUAUAAAUGCUUCACACUGCAACCCCUCCAAUGUUCAAGCCAAAUCUACGCCCUUAUGUUUAAUGUUUGAUUAUGUAAUGAAUAACAGAAAAUAUAACAGAAAAAUUAAUUAUUAAAAUCAUAAUGAAAAUGAAAGUAUUUCAUCAUAAAGCUUGUGAUAUACAAACAUACGCCUUUUUAAAAUGACACAAAUAUAAAAUAAUAUACUGUUAAAAUCAUUUAUGUGAUGUGAAAUAUGAAUAAAAAUCAUUAGGCCAUGUACAAUGUUUAUGUGUCUCAUAUAACUCAUUCUGUGUAUCAUGAACUGUAUCUGUUACUACACCUCUCUAAAUAUUUGCCUGAAAACUAAAUAAUAUAAAAUAUGACUGGUCAUUACAAAUAUCAAUAAAUGUGGUGUUUAACUGUAAAAUUGGUCUCCUUUUGAUUUCAUACAUUUUAACACCAGAUUA